AUGCCCGAAGUGGCUGCUCCUGAAAAGAAGGUGCAAUUCAGAGAGAAAGUAAUGUGGACGGCAAUCACCCUCUUCAUCUUUUUGGUCUGCUCUCAAAUCCCAUUGUUUGGAAUCAUGUCCUCUGAUUCUUCUGAUCCAAUGUACUGGAUGAGAGUCAUCAUGGCCUCAAAUAGAGGAACUCUGAUGGAAAUGGGUAUCACGCCCAUCGUCACAUCUGGAAUGAUUAUGCAACUGUUGGCUGGUGCAAACAUUAUCGAAGUCGACUACUCGCUCAAGGAAGAUAGAGCUCUGUUCUCCGGUGCUCAGAAAUUAUUCGCCAUGAUCAUCGCCAUCGGGCAAGCUACUGUAUCUGUAUGGUCGGGUGUGUAUGGAAACCCAAAAGAAAUUGGAGCUGGAAUCUCUCUGUUGCUCAUCUUGCAACUCUGCUUCGCUGCUCUGAUUACCAUGUUAUUGGAUGAAUUGCUACAAAAGGGAUAUGGGUUGGGAUCUGGUAUCUCGCUCUUUAUUGCUACAAACAUUUGUGAGAACAUUGUGUGGAAGGCCUUCUCGCCUACCACUUACAACACUGGAAAGGGUACCGAAUUCGAAGGAGCCAUCAUCGCCUUUUUCCAUCUAUUAUUCACCCGUCACGACAAGUUCCGUGCACUAAAGGAAGCACUAUACCGUACUAAUCUACCAAACAUGAGCAACUUGUUUGCCACUCUACUAGUCUUUGCCGUAGUAAUCUACCUACAAGGAUUCCGUGUAGAAAUUCCCGUAAAGUCCAUGAAGAUGCGUGGCCAACAAGGAUCAUACCCCAUCAAGUUGUUUUAUACUUCCAAUAUGCCCAUCAUGUUAUAUUCAGCCUUAGCAUCCAACAUCUUCUUUAUAUCCCAAAUGUUGCAUAAACGAUUCCCAGAGAACUUCAUCGUUCAGCUGGUUGGUGUCUGGAAGACCAUGGAGGGAACACCACAGGAAUUUGCUACUAGCGGAUUUGCAUACUAUAUUACACCACCACAUACCAUUGGCCACGUCUUAACUGAUCCACUGCACUUCCUUAUUUAUGUAACAUGGAUGUUGACAGUCUGUGCCUUCUUGUCUCAAACCUGGAUUGAAGUAUCAGGCUCAUCACCACGAGAUGUUGCCAAACAAUUAAAAGACCAGCAACUAGUGAUUCGAGGGCAUCGUGAUCAAAGUAUGUACAAGGAAUUGAAACGUAUCAUUCCUACAGCAGCAGCAUUUGGUGGAGUAUGUAUUGGUGCAUUAUCUGUAGCAGCAGAUUUGCUAGGUGCUAUUGGAUCAGGAACAGGUAUCUUAUUGGCCGUUACCAUUAUAUAUCAAUACUUUGAAAUAUUCGUCAAGGAGGAACACGAAGGAGGCACCGAGCUCUUUUAA